UUGGACCCUGAGAAGGAUUCGGUCGGUUCAGAGAAGCAACCCCAUUGGUGGCCGAUCCAGGCCUGCAGCCUUAAACCGUUUGACUCCUGGUGCAAAGAUUUAUCCACUGGCGGCUUUUCAGGGCAAGGAAAAAAUGGCCCUGCCCACGCUGCCCUCCUACUGGUGCAGUCGGAGGCUCCUGGAUCAACAGGCCGCGCGACAGCGACAUCGAGAGCAGGAGGCCCGGCUUCGGCAGCAGUGGGAGCAGAACAGCCAUUACUUUAGGACGUCUGACAUCUGCAGCGCCAAGCAGGCAGAAUGGAGCUCCAAGAACUCCUACCAGCGCAGCAUGCUUGCAUACCAGCGGGAGAAGAUGAAGGAGGAGAAGAGGAAGGGUCUGGAGGCCCGACGUGAGAGACUCCGGCAGCUUAUGCUUGAGGAGCAGGACCUGCUGGCCCGGGAGCUAGAGGAGCUGAGGCUGAGCAUGAACCUGAGGGAAAGAAGAAUCCGGGAGCGGCAUGGGAAUCUGAAAUCAGCCCAAGAAGAGCAGAGGAAACUGAUCGCUGAACGGCUUUUGUACGAGCACUGGAAACAGAACAACCCAAAGCUUCGAGAGAUUGAGACGGACCUUCACCGGAAACAUGUAGUAAAUGCCUGGGAAACACAGAAAGAAGAAAAAAGGCAGCAAGAAGCCACUGAAGAGCGGGAGAACAAGCGGUAUGAAAACGAAUAUGAAAAGGCCCGAAGGGAAGCGAUGGAACGGAUGAGAGCGGAAGAGGAGAGGAGGCAGCUGGAGGAUAAGCUGCAGGCUGAGGCGCUGCUGCAGCAGAUGGAGGAGCUGAGGCUGAAGGAGGUGGAGGCCACCAAGCUGAAAAAGGAGCAGGAGAACCUGCUGAGGCAGCGGUGGGAGCUGGAGGGGCUGGAGGACGAGAGGAGGCGGAUGGCGGCUCUCCGGCAGAAGGCGGAGCUGGGGCGCUUUCUGAGACAUCAGUAUAAUGCACAACUCAACAGGCGCACACAGCAGAUCAAAGAGGAGCUGGAGGCAGACAAGCGGAUCCUGCAGGCACUGCUGGAGAAGGAGGACGAGGAGCAGCGUGUCCACGUGGCCAGGAGGGAGCAGGCUGUGGCCGAUGCGGCCCACAUGAAGCAAGUUAUUGAGGAGCAGCUGAGGCUGGAGCGGGCACGCGAGGCGGAGCUGCAGGUGCUGUUGAGGGAAGAGGCCAAGGAGAUGUGGGAAAAGCGAGAGGCUGAGUGGGCCCGAGAGCAGAGCGCGCGGGACAGACUGAUGUUUGAGGUUCUGACAGGGAGGCAACAACAAAUACAAGAAAAGAUUGAGCAGAACCGACGGGCACAAGAGGAAUCCCUGAAAUACAGGGAGCAGCUCAUUCAAAGUCUUGAAGAGGCGAGAGAGUCUGCACGGCGGGUGAAAGAGGAGUGUGAGGAACUGAAGUCGGCCAGGAAGCAGGAGCUGGAGGCCCAGGUUGCAGAGCGCCAGCUGAAGGCGUGGGAAGCAGACCAGGAGGCAGAGGCGGAGGAGGAGGAGGCCAGGCAGGCAGAGCACCUCUCCGACGCUCUGCUCCAGGAGGAGGCCAAGAUCAUGGCUGAGCAGGGCUACCGGCCCAAGCCUUAUGGACAUCCCAGAGUUGCUUGGGACUGACUUCUUUGGUACCCUAAGCACAGAGAAAGAUGCUGAGCCCUUCGACACCAAGCCACCAGACCAUCAUGCAGUGUGCACUUGUGGUCAGGCGCCGUUCAGCCAGGCCUGGGCAGGAGUGUGAUAAGGGCAACGAUGGUCUGGUCAGAAGACAGCGUGCGGUGGCCGUGCAGCCCUGAGAGGCCCUGUCCUGCUUUUCUCCUCCAGGCCCAGCCCCUCAUAGGCUCAUGUUUACAGUGCUGCCAAGCUGUCCUUGGUUUAUAAAUAAUGCAGGCUUCUAGAUGGAUGCUAAAAGAUCCAAGUUGUCUUCCUUGACGGAUAUGUGGUUUCCUGAUGUCUCGCCCUUAAUUGUCAACCUCCUAAUGAAGACUCUGGCUAGAGAUGAACGGGAAGUCUUGUUUUGAUGGCUUUUGUUUUCUCUCAGUGCUGUGGAUUGAAACCACAGCUCUUUGCCUGUUAGGCAAAUCCUCUACCACUGAGCCAUGUGCUCUUCCCAAUUUUUCAUUUUUUAAAAUUGCCUUUUAAAUUAUAUUCUUGGGGCAACCCAUUUGGGACCCUUCCUUUCUCUUAGGAGGUAUUCCUAGUUCCUAUUCCUUUUCUCCAGUAAAUUUUCCUACUCUUAAA